GUCAUCGAUUCAAUGGAGACAAUUAUUUGUUGUGGUCACGCAGCGUUCGUAUGUUCAUUGGAGGCCGUGGCAAGGGAGAUCAUCUCACCGGUACGGGUGAUGCUGCUCCUCUGGAAACCAGUCAUCCACAAUACAAGAAGUGGUCCAUUGAAAAUAACCUUGUGAUGUCUUGGUUGCUGAAUUCCAUGGUGCCUGAAAUAGCUGAAACAUACAUGUUGUGCUCCACAGCCAAGGAAAUUUGGGAUGGCGUGAAGGAAGCCUUCUCUAAGGAAGAUAACACAGCUGCCUUGUUUCACAUCAAGGGGAUUCUUCGUGAUCUCAAACAGGAGGACAAGGAUGUCACCAGCUAUUAUAAUUCACUCCUAAAAUUCUGGCAACAAUUGGAUCUUUAUGAUCAACAUGAAUGGACUACUCCAGCCGAUACUCUUCAGUAUAAGAAAAUUGUUGAACAAGACCGCACCUACAACCUUCUUUUGGGACUCAAUCCAAUCUAUGAUGGAGCUCGCAGCCGCAUCAUGGCCACUCGCCCUCUGCCAUCCUUGCGAGAAGUUUUUUCUGAAUUAAAGUGGGAAGAAAGCCGCAAAGUUUUGACCAAUAGCAUCCCAAAAGUUGAUGCACCUUUGGAAGCAGCAGCCUUUGUCUCUAGACCCAACAACGCAGACUCCAGACCUAGGCGAAAUGGUAAGCUCUGGUGUGACCAUUGCAACAGAACUGGGCAUAUUCGGGAUACAUGCUGGAAAAUCCAUGGCAAGCCAGCUGAUUGGAAGCCAAGACAAAACAGAGACUUUAAUCAUGUUGCUGCAGUUGUAGAAGAUGUUCCGCAAGCAAAAUCCGAAGGCCAUACAUUUACAAGGGAACAAGUGAUAGCCAUACAACGCAUGCUGCAAGAUUGCAAUAAGGACAAAUCUAAUCCCUCAUCUGAUAGUCAUCAAUCAGGAUUUGGCAUCGGGGAGGACGAUUGGCAGUGCUAGGGUCUCUAAUGGUUUAUAUCAACUUUACACAGCCGCGGUUAUGAAGACUCAAGACAGCACAUUUGCAGCAACUAGCAAUUUGAAUAAGGCUCUUUUAUGGCAUUUUAGAUUAGGGCAUCCAAACUUUCAAUAUAUGAAAAAGAUGUACCCUUCUUUAUUUAAUGAGAAUUCGAAUUUUCCUUCAUGUGAUAUAUGUCAACUUGCAAAACAAA